CAGUGUUACAAUCCGUUCUACGCCAGUGACUGACAAUUGGUAGAUCUUAGUAUAAUUCUAUUAGCUGAGUUCAUUGUUGAACAUUUAUGACGAUCGAUGGAUUUCUUAAUAAUGCUAAUCUUUUCCCAUUUGCGAGUAUACGUAUGUACCGCGUGAUAUAUUCUCGACGUUUUUUUUUUUUCAAUCAUGCAUAGUACAAAUAUAAAUGUAGUGUAAAGAUAUUUCGCGAAUUUUGCAUCUUUUUUAUUAAAAUAAUAUCGAUUUGUGUGUGUAAUAGCUCGAAUGACAGCCGUCAUGUGGACUUAUUCGCAGGUUGUAUGGGCUUAUUUCAUACUGGAUGCAGCCACAUUGGCAACUUCAAAAUUCGUGGAGAUGCCUCCUAAAAGCUCCGACUAUCUGAUAAAAAAAGAAGACUUAACCACAGAGCUGCCAAAUUUCAACACAAAAAUAACCAACAAUACAUCAAAAGAUAUCACAGCCAAAGCCGACUCACUCCAGCCUAUGGGUCUUUUUGCAGCACAUCCUUCAAACAUACAAGAUCUGCUGCAGGAUAACACUAAGCACCAGGCUUAUCCAAAUACUCAACCAAGGUACGCAGAAAAUUUUGGAACAGCAGCCAGCUCCAGUGAGCAGCGGUAUCGAGGCACUAAUCCUCAGCGGUUAGCACUGUUCAGUAAGUUGAAUAAAAAGAAAACUCGCUCUGGCAAACAUUCCCACAAAUUGCCCGAGCCCAAAGGUAGUGACAGGUAUUUAACUCCGGAGUUGUAUAAAUUCAAAACAGAUAUCGAGAAAGAGACAGUUCGAACGCAUAUUCGAGGAUUGAAAAUGAGUCCAGAUGCAUCCGCUGCCCCUACAAUCAUUCGCGAUAGUCGAUAUCCACCAAAAUACGAAGGAAGAUAUAACUACCGACGACCUAGCAAUCUAGUUCGAGAGGAAACUUUCUCCAGUCCGUAUGUCUAUGAUGAACCAUACUCCUACGAUGAGAGUCCUCCUCCAAGUGCACCGUAUGCAAAACCAGUAUCCUACCAGCAAUAUUCGUCCAUCCCGAGAGAACCAUAUUACCCUACCUCGACUGGCAGCAGUUACUACGAACCACCAUCAGAUUACUCAUUCCCACACUACCCUACAGUCGAACCAGAACCCUACUAUUACCCCAAACCAGCAGAACCAGACACUUAUAACAAGUAUUCGUCAUCAGAUUCCGGAUACGAUUUUCCAGUCGAAUAUCCACCUAGCCCACCCCUUCCUCCUAUCAACUUCCAUAGCUCUCACAACUACUUCCCUAAUUCCAAGAACCGCGAAAUAGGAGGUGAAAAUGACGAGCCAGAGGAUGGGAGUCCAGCCAAUGAUGAAGAUGAUAUCGACCCCAAGGACUUCCCAUCCUCUGAACCAGCACCAAAAGGACCCAAAAAAUCACAUCGUAAUCCGAAUUAUGAAGUCAGCGAAUAUGGGUCCGAUCCGAGUGAGACUGACGUAAAUUACUCGCCAAAAAAAUCCAGAAAUCGUAAAAAAGCGAGAAAACCAAAGAAAAAACCAGAAACACCCAAGGAGGAUGAAGAUGAAGAAUUUGAUUCAAACUACGAACCACCCGAUACUUUCCAAGAUGACAAAGAUGAAAAUGUAGAAGCAGAUGACUCAACUGAGGAUGAGCCCCCAGCUCCCAAAGCUAGGCUGAGAUCAUCAAGCAAAAAACAAGUGAAACGGAUUAGAUCCCGACCAAACCCACGUAACAAAAGAUGUGUCAAGAAAAGAAAAGAAAUGUCAGUAGAGACAGAGAUGGCAUCAGGUGGUUUUGACGAAGAACCCAGCCAAAAAAUGACCUGCUUGGUGUGUGAGAACUUAGAUACAGGAGGAACCUAUGAAACUUGCAGUUACGAAUCAGAUCCCAAGAAGAAUAAUUACUAUGCUGGAAAUGAAGCAUCGUACAGGAAAGGAAAUGGCAAAGCUCCGUAUAAAUAUCAUCGUAUGAGGCGUGAAACUGUCACCAUCAUUAAUAGUACAUCUACACCAUUGAAAAGAAUUGUAAGGAGAACACACCAUACAGAUAGUAUGGGUUCUUUCACCUCAGAUGUCGAAGAUUUUGGAUCAGAUGAUUUCACCGAUGAUGAUAACGAAGACCAGCAAGAAGACGAAGACGACGAUAUGGAAGAAUACAAACCUUCUCUUCCAGCAUAUGCCAAUGAAGAUGCUUGCACCGAGAUUUCCAAAAAUGGGCUAACCUGCAUGGUAUGCAUUAAUCCAGAAACCAAUGGCAAAUACAAACAAUGCUCUUACGCCGAUGAUCCGGAUAAAAACAACUACGAGUAUGCCCAAAGCUCCAGCUAUGGAAAAAAAGACGUGCCAUAUAAAAGUCGACAAAGACGCCAGCCAAAGAAACAAGCAGCCAAUGCUAAAGAUGCAAUGCAGACCCAAAACACCGUUUCCAAAGAAGUAAAAGUACCCACAGAUUGGAAACUGCUACGAACCAUUGAGCAGAAAAAAAUUGGUGCCAUCAACGAUAACUUCAAGAAAUUAAUUCACUCCAAAGAACAACCAGAUUCAGAUACUCUUGCCAGUAUAGCAAAUCCAUCUUAUGAAGAACAGUUUCUAACCCUGUUCCCUGAACUGGGCUCUGAUAAUUCAGGAGAAUCGCUGAUGGGUGAGCAUUCUCUGCUAAAAGAACUAAACGAGAAACCAGCCUUUUCAAGUAAAGAUACAGGUUUAACCGGGUUCAGCGGUAAAGAUAAAAUUGGCGGAUACUUCAAGAAGAAAAAAAGUCUUCUAGAUCACGACGAUGAUGAUGAAGAUACCGAAAUGAGUAAAAUGAUGAAAGAAUUCAAAACGAAAGAUAGAUCAGCUUGUAAAAAAACUAAAAAAGAUAAAAUGACCUGCUACACGUGCGACGAUAAAGAUGGCAUAAAACGUGAAGAAUGCAUGUACGUUGUUGAAAACGAACCCACCAAAGUCUCUUACCACGAGAGCAAACAAACCAAACCAGAAGAAAACCAUGCCAGAAGCUCCAACAGACACGAAGUAUACUACAAAUCACCAGCUAAAACCUUCAAAUACAAAUACAUUCCAUCAUUCGAGCUAAAAGAUCAGCCAGCUCUUGGUUCGAUGAUCCAUAAAACCAUAUCGGAUAAAACCCAGCGUAAAUACGGAUUGCCCGAUAAGCCCAAAGGGUACUCAAAUGUCAAGAUCCAUACCGAAAAAACCUACUCGUUGAAAACCUUACCAACUGUGACUAAAAUAGGUAAACGAGAUGUACCAAAAGCUCAACCACAAGAGCAACAAGCUCAAGGAUCCAGUAAAAAACAAGUCUAUCAUAAAAGUAAAACGAAGCCUGAGGAAGAAUCAGAAGCAGAAUUUCAAGUUGAACCUGAACACGAAUCAGAAGAUCCGGAGGAAAAUGGCACAUAUGCAGCUGCCGAAGUUAUCCCUGAAGUUGAUCCAGAAUCACCCGAUGGAUUAUUUAGUGAUGAUACCAAAGAUGUUUAUAGUCCUGAGAUGAAAGUUACCCUACCAAGAUUUAUGGCCGAGAAAAGCGAACAUGAGAAGCUUCUUGAUGAAUUUUUAGAUAAAAUGUAAAUUAUUUGUACCUACUUUUAUUAUUAUUAUCAUUUGAACAGACCAUAUCAUAGGUGUACCAAUUAAUAGUCAUUAC